CUCGCUGGUAGGUCUCCCUGGGAAGAAGAAGAUGGAAGCUGUGCCUUCGCCCUUCAGGUUUCCGAUUUCAAGAGGAGGCCCCACCCCUGUACACCUCCUCACAACCGCCGCUGCUCUGCGCCUCGGCGACAUUCUCCACCUCCAAACCCGCCACCACCUCGAAUCACGAUUACAUGUUCUUCUUCGUUCCUCCUUCAAGGGAUUCUCUCAUUUUGGUCAUGUAUAUGGGUUAAAAAAUGCAUGGCUUGAAGGACCACUUCUAUUCAAAGGAUUUUGUUUUCUUGAAUCACCAAAUGAUUCUCUCUCAACCAGAUUUAAAUCUUACUUAUGUUUCUUUAGUGCCAAAGAUUCUAAAACUGAGUUUGGAGAUGAGGGAAAGUCAUAUUUGGAGACUCCUAAGAGAAGGCCCCCUAAUGGGAGACUGUGGACCAAUGUUCUCCUUGCACUCAAUAUCUUGGUUUAUGUUGUACAAAUUGCAACCCAAGGGAAGCUGUUACUGUGGGGUGCUAAGAUUAAUAGCCUCAUUGAUAAGGGACAAUUAUGGCGGUUAGCUACUUCAUCUUUUUUACAUGGAAAUGUUGGGCAUCUCAUGGUCAAUUGCUAUUCUUUGAAUUCUGUUGGUCCCAUGAUGGAGAAUAUCAGUGGCCCCAGGAGAUUUCUUGCUGUUUAUUUCACUUCUGCAAUUGCAAGUUCAGCGAUGAGUUACUGGUUUUGCAAAGCACCUGCAGUUGGUGCGUCAGGGGCCAUUUUUGGAUUAGUUGGGUCAUUUGCAAUGUUUGUCUUGAGGCAUAGAAAUCUUUAUGGGGGUGGGAACCAAGAAUUACAGCAAAUAGCAAAUGUGAUUGCCCUAAACAUGAUGAUUGGGAUUUUAUCCAAAGGCAUUGAUAAUUGGGGACAUUUGGGAGGUUUUCUUGGUGGAGUUGCCACAUCAUGGCUUCUGGGCCCUGCAUGGAAGUAUAAAUCCCGGUCCAAUGAUGGAAAAUUGGUUUUUUCUGACAGUGCACCAAUUUUCUAUCUUAUUGAUAGGAAAAGAGCAACUUAGUAAUCCAACUUAAUUGUGAGUCUGUGACCCUCAUCAGCUGCAUUUUGCCAAUACAUUUACCACCGAUGCUAUUUUCAUCUUUUCUUUUGGAAUGUUGAAAAUACAGCAUGUGCAAGCAGAAUAUGUUCACACCUUGUUAGUGGAGUUAAGAUGAAGACCAUGAAUAGAAAUGGAAAUAUAAAACAGCUUGUAACAAGGUGUAAGGUACACUAAGCAAUGGGACUACAACAAAUUGAAAUAGAAGGGGAUUUGAAAGUAAUAGGAUGGCUGCAGUCAGGUUGUUUGGGUGCAUAGAUACAUUGGCAACUGAUGAGGGAAAUUAUCAGCCUAACAAGGGGGAUUGAUGCUUGCUUCAAGUGGAUAAGAAGAUCAGCUAAUGGAUUAGCACAUACCUAGCAAAACAGGGGAUUGUUGGGGGGAAUAUGUUUUGGGCAGUGUUGUAACUCGGUGAUUGUAUUCCAAACCCCUACACUAGGGGUGACAGGUGUAUUUUAAAAUCUGUUUAACGAAGUUACUGUUUCCAAUAAAAAAUCUUUUUCUCUUAAAUCUUCUGUAACACUGUAUAAUGUCAGGUCUAUUAUCAGGGGUCAUGAUUCAUUGUGUAUUGUAAUUUUAACAUUGUAUUAAUUCCUUCCACUUAAGCUAUUUUUUAUCAUA